AUGAGAGACGAUUUCUUCCAAGACGAAAACGUGGCUGUUGAAAUAGCGAGUGGAGAAGUAGUCGCAGUUGCUUUUAAUAAACUGCAAAUAGCACCAUCAGAGUCAUCAGGAAAGUCAUUUUUCGAAACGUUUAUCGAAGAGCGUUGUAAACGACCAAAGGCUCGUGCUGUUAUUGAUUUCAUGGUAGAUGUCGAUACUAAGUGCAAUCAUUUUGAAAGGUACGGAAUCGAUAGCCUCGUUGAACUAUUAUUUCUUGGGACUUGUCGAGAACACCGACAAAAAGGGCUUGCCAAACUGCUCUGCAAAACUUCAAUAGAAGUAGCGAAGAAGUUGAAAGAUGGACCAAUUACCCCCUUGAAGGUCGAGGAUCUUGGACCAAAAUACGCUUUCAUGAAACCUAGAAAGCCAAUUACGAAAGUACCAAAGUUGUUCACCUCGAUGUGGACAGCGGAUGGUACUAAAAAGAUAGGAAAAGAUUUGGGUUUUGAAGUGCUGGUCACUGUGUCCUUGAAAGAUUACUUUUUCGAAGGGAAACGUUUUUCGGACGGACUAGGUUUUGUGACAACCUGUGAAGGGGCUGCAAUUAAGAUUUAAGAACCAAAUGAUACUGAAUACAGAAUUUUGUGAUACAAAUAAAUCUUAUCUAAAGUA